GUCUUUUUUUUUUGUCUUUUUUUCCCCUUUUUAUUAGUUUUCUCGUCGUUGUUUGUGCUCAGCAACUCUUAGCCAUGUCGGGUCGCGUUCAGAAAGUGAUGGUCCUGCCCAUCAACUUGAUCUUCAAGUACUUGCAAACGAAAACCCGUGUGCAGAUCUGGCUGUAUGAGCAAGCUUCGAUGCGCGUCGAGGGUGUCAUUGUGGGCUUUGACGAGUACAUGAAUCUUGUGCUGGAUGAUGCCGAGGAGCUGAACGCCAAGUCACAAACGCGCAAGAACGUUGGGCGGAUCUUGUUGAAAGGCGAUAACAUCACCUUGAUAAUGGGCGUGAGCGCGUAAAAAGUUUCGCGCACCAGUUACAAACAAAUCAACCCUUCCCUUUGCGUGUUCGUUGUCGUUGUCGUAGUUGAGUCUCAAAUGCUUGUGAUCGUUGCAUCUCAUUCGGUGUGAUGGAACAACUGGAUCGUCGUUGUCGUUGUUUCCAUUGUCUUUCUGCAUUGAUCGCUGCAGUUCGUUGUAAUUUUGAUAAAAAACGUACCAAAAAACAAAGUACUCAAGCUGCA